GGUAACUCGUACACGCACAGAGCGGUCGCCAUAUUGGCUUGAAUUUAUAAGUUAGACUGGAGGGAAAAUAACAACGCUGCGGUGUUUUAUUUGUCAAUAUCACGCUUGUAAAUAUCUGUUGCUGAGACUGAGAGGUUGGAGCGUUGUUUUUUGUUGUCGUUGCUGUUAUAGAUUAUCGACGGUUUGUUUAUUAGGCAGCGGCGUUUUAUCCAGAGCAGAAAUGGGGCGGUCGAGGAGCCGGAGCUCGUCCCGGUCAAAGCACUCGAAAAGCGGAGGCAAGCACAGCAAGAAGCGCGGCAGCCGCUCCAGGUCCAGAUCCAAGGACCGCGAGAGGAGCAAGAAACGCUCCCGCUCCCGGGAGGCCAAGAGAAGCCGGCGGCGAGAGUCGCGCUCCAGGUCCAGGUCGAACAGGGAGCGGGCCAGGCCAGCGUCUCCGGUGGACCGAGUGGACAUGUUCGGCCGCACGCUGAGUAAACGCACCGCCGCAGAGGAGAAGCAGCGGAAAGAGGAGGAGGAGAAGAAAGCUGAGAUGGAGCGACAGAGGAAGAUCCGUCAGCAGGAGAUCGAGGAGCGUCUGAUUGAGGAGGAGACGGCGCGGAGAGUUGAGGAGCUGGUGGCCCGACGCGUUGAAGAGGAGCUGGAGAAACGGCGCGAUGAGAUCGAGCGUGAGGUGCUACGGCGUGUCGAGGAAGCCAAACGCAUCAUGGAAGCACAGCUUCUUCAGGAGCUCGAGAGACAGAGGCAGGCCGAGUUGAGCGCACAGAAAGCCCGCGAGGAGGAAGAAAAAUCGAAACGAGAGGAACUGGAAAAAAUUUUGGAAGAAAACAACAGAAAGAUCGCAGAAGCUCAGGCUAAGCUGGCCGAGGAUCAGCUGCGCAUAGUGGAGGAGCAGCGAAAGAUCCACGAGGAGCGAAUGAAGCUGGAGCAGGAGAGGCAGAGACAGCAGAAGGAAGAGCAGAAGAUCAUCUUGGGGAAGGGCAAGUCCCGACCUCGCCUCUCCUUCACGCUCAAAGCAACAGACUGACCACUCACUCCAGCCCUCUCUUCUCUUCCCUAUGUCUCUCUCUCUAUCUCUCUCCAUCUCUUUCUGGAAGAUGACUUCAUGUUGAAGUGAAUCUCUAGCCUUUUUUUUUUUUUUUUUUUGAAGAGAGGUUUCUCCUGCCCCUUCGUGUGUCUCCUCUGGGUUCGAACAAACUUCACAACCCCUUAGUCGGGGAAAACGUGUCACAGACUCUCCCUGACUCAAGGCUGGACUUGGCUGCUGCCUCCACAGACUCUAAAUUUUAGCAGCUUUUAUGUUUUGACAGUGCUGUGUAUAGGAUGCUUCCUUUAUUUCCCGCCCAAGUAUGGGAAAAUCCAUUGGGAAAUCCAUUUUGUUUUUACGAGAUUGCAAAAGCAAAGGUGUGUGUGUGAGUAAGAAGAGAGAGAGAGAAUGUGCCUGCGUGUGUAUGUGAGUGAGGGAGAGAAAGAGGUAGGACAUGUAUGUAUGUAUGUAUGUGAGCAUGUGUGUGUGAGAGAGUGAGAGAGAGAGAGAAGGUGAAGGCAGGGGGGAGGGGGACAGGCAUCUCAUGAUUUUUUUUUUUUUAAGGAACAAGUACAGUUUCUGGUCCACAACUUGAAGCCAUCCACUUGUGUAACGGGCUAAAAAUGGCACGAGGGUAAAAUGAAACGCGGUAAACGCAUACCUAGUUAUACUGUCUUUUUCUUUUUUUCUUUUUUUUUUUUUAACGGUAUGGUCCACAGCGUGAUUCUGAACGACCUGUCCGCCACUGUGCCCUGCGUGUCAGGUUAACCGCAGUAUGUCCUGCUUGUUUAAACCUUUGACCCGGUGCAUUUGCUAAUGUACGAAUCUGACACAGCUGUGGUGGAGAUGUGCACUGACCGUGCUGAUUGAGGUUCGCUUAGACAGUUCAUGUGUGGGUUAUGCAAAUGUCUACUGUUCUGUUCAUACAAGGAAAUCAGGAGACGCAGGUAAGAUUGGUUAGGGUGUGUGUGUGUAUGUGUGUGUGUGUGUGUGUGUGUGUGUGUGUGUGUUAGUCUGUGUGUUAGGAGCUAGCUUAAUCAUCUUGUGGAUGGUCUUGUUAAUUGGAUCUGAGUCAUUCAUUAAUAAAUCCUGCAAAUAGG